AGUUUAAGGGGCGGGUCGGAGGGCAGCCGGGGUCCUCCGGGGGAUUAACGUAGGGUGGGUUCGCGCCUCAGGCCGCCAUUUCUUGGCAUCUCCGGAGGAGCCGCCCCCUCUUCAGACUCGCUCGGGACCUCUCCCUUCUUGUCGCGGCUGCACCGUCGUCCCAGCCCAGUGACAAAAUGCUGAGCUUCUUCCGCAGAACACUCGGGCGUCGGUCAAUGCGUAAACAUGCUGAGAAGGAACGACUCCGAGAAGCUCAGCGAGCUGCCACACACAUUCCUGCAGCUGGAGAUGCUAAGUCCGUCAUCACGUGCCGGGUGUCCCUCCUGGAUGGUACUGAUGUCAGUGUGGACCUGCCGAAAAAAGCCAAAGGUCAAGAGCUGUUUGAUCAGAUUACAUACCACUUGGACCUUAUUGAAAGUGACUAUUUUGGACUGAGAUUUAUGGAUUCAGCACAAGUAGCACAUUGGUUGGAUAGUACAAAGAGCAUCAAAAAGCAAGUUAAAAUUGGUUCACCCUAUUGUCUGCAUUUUCGAGUUAAAUUUUAUUCCUCAGAACCAAAUAAUCUUCGUGAAGAGCUAACCCGGUAUUUAUUUGUUCUUCAGUUAAAACAAGAUAUUCUCAGUGGAAAAUUAGAAUGUCCUUUUGAUACAGCAGUUCAGUUGGCAGCUUAUAAUCUUCAAGCUGAACUUGGUGACUAUGAUCUUGCUGAACACAGUCCUGAGAUUGUAUCUGAGUUCAGGUUCCUGCCCAUUCAGACUGAAGAGAUGGAGCUGGCUAUUUUUGAGAAAUGGAAGGAAUACAGAGGUCAGACACCAGCACAAGCUGAAACCAAUUAUUUGAAUAAAGCCAAAUGGCUAGAAAUGUAUGGGGUUGAUAUGCAUGUGGUCAAGGCUAGAGACGGAAAUGACUAUAGCUUGGGACUAACCCCAACAGGAGUCCUUGUUUUUGAAGGAGAGACCAAAAUUGGCUUAUUUUUUUGGCCCAAGAUAACCAGGUUGGAUUUUAAGAAGAAUAAAUUAACGCUGGUGGUAGUAGAAGAUGAUGAUCAGGGCAAAGAGCAGGAGCAUACAUUUGUCUUUAGACUGGAUCAUCCAAAAGCUUGCAAACAUUUAUGGAAAUGUGCUGUGGAGCAUCAUGCCUUCUUCCGCCUCCGAGGCCCUGUCCAAAAGAAUUCUCAGCGAUCAGGAUUUAUUCGGCUAGGAUCACGAUUUAGAUAUAGCGGGAAAACUGAGUAUCAGACCACAAAAACCAAUAAAGCAAGAAGAUCAACAUCCUUUGAAAGAAGGCCCAGCAAACGAUAUUCUCGUCGGACUCUACAGAUGAAAGCAAGUACAGCAAAACCUGAAGAACUCAGUGUUCACAGUAAUGUUUCACCUCAGAGUAAUGGCUCUCAACAGGCUUGGGGUGUGAGAUCUCCUGUGCUUGUGACUCCUUCCGUUCCCUCAGGUCCUGUGCUGGUGGAGAUAGAGAAUCUUCCAAGAAGUCCUGGAACAGACCAGCAUGAUAGGAAAUGGCUCUCUGCUGCCAGUGACUGCUGUCAACGUGGUGGAAACCAGUGGAACACAAGAGCUUUGUCCCCACCCCAGCCUGCACAUAGAAACUACACUGACUUUGUCCUUGAGCACAAUGUGAAGAAUGCAGGCGUCCAUCAUGAUGUUCAUUUUCCUGGCCACGCAGCCAUGACUGAUAUAUGAGUGUUACAUCUCGUAGGCAUGGGGCCUCUGUCAUGCAUACGACAUGGGGCAUACAAGUUAAUGGUGUACAUUCUCUAGUGUUCAUAGGGGAUUGGUCACAUCAGGAGCAUUUGGGAGAAGUUAUUUUAUACUGAGUCACUGGUCGUGUAGUGUAGUUUGUAAUUGAAUUCUUCUAUGAAAGGGAAAAGGAUCUGAAGAAGCUGUAUGCCAUCAAUGAUAAUAACGAAUGUUUUUAUGUUGAUAGGGUAUGUAUGUCAUUGUAAAUUUGGAAAAGUUUUCCUUGAUUUUAACUUAACCACUCAUGUCUCAGGAGAAGGUUUGUAUUUGAGAAUACGCUGCCCAUUUUCACCCCACCUCGUGCUGUCCAAAUGAAGUGAGAAGAAUGAGUCACACUAAAACACACUCAGAAGGAAGCAUGUCCAGGCACGAGGUGUUAGUCUUUAGUGAUAGUUUUAGUUAAAACUGCUCUUAAUAACACUAUUUUUAAUACUUCUAAACUGACCUAUGCCUUAAUUUCUGUUAAGUGCCUAAGAUUCUAUAAUUUUCACUAAUACAAUAUUUAAUUAAAAACUUUUGCUUUUUAAUAAACACAAAUGUUUUAAUUUACCAAAAGGUCUAGAAGUCACAUUAAUUAUGUGAUUCAUGUAGAGAGAUAAAUCCGAAUGGUUACUUUUGUAUGGUUAACUUGGUUAACCAAUGGUUAACUGAAUAGUUUUCAUUGCUGCUGAAUGGUUGCACAAAAUGAAAAAUGUAUUUACGUUUGUUCGUUCACUUUUCUCUUCUUCAUCUCAUGCAUCUGAUAGCUUUCCAAGCUUUGCAACAGCCUCAUAAUCUGGCCUUGUAUUAUCUUUCAAUAAACUUCUGAAGCCAAAACUAUAUCACUUUAAAAUGGAUUGGAUAUAUUACUUUUUUUGGUCCUUUAUGAACUUCAAAAUGUAAUUAUCCAAGCUCUUUGGUUCAAUUUAUAGAGGCAGAUUAGCUGGAAAAUGUACAUUUCUAAUGUCAUGAGAACUGAUGUAAGGGAAGCAAUUCUUUUGUCUUUUUACAUUUUUUUAAAACUUUAACAAAAUUUCCAAACUUUUAAACUAUGUAUAUAGUAAUUUGAAAAUAUUUUAUAGUCUGAGAGUUUAUAACACUUUAAGAUAAUGAAGCUUCAUUAUAAACAACCUAACUUGUUUACCAUCCUGCUCACCUCAAAGGUCAGUCUUAUCCCUCUCUGAUAAACAAAGGUAAAGGCUUCAGAGGGCUUUAUUAUUGGACUCUUGGUUGCAAAUAUAAUAAAACUUGUCAAUAGAAGACAUAAGUAAGCAGAACUAAAUCAUAUUUAGGGAAUGAAAUUUAUAGGCAGCUUUCAAUUUGUGAGUCUAUCGCAAUCAUAGAUAAGGCGUGGAUGCUCAAAGUAUUCUUUAGUGAAUUUUGUAAAUGUGAAUAAAUGCGUAUCUUAAAUAGCCCAGCUCCCUAUCUCUGUAAGUCUAUCAUCAUUUAGUGAACUUAAAAUGGCCACUAAUUUAUGUGCAUCAUUGUUGUCUUAGACUUUACGUAGCUCACAUAAUUGUCAAGUAUUGUUGAUGGUGAUUUAUUUCUUAAAGGAAUUUGAGUCAUAGCAUUUUAAACACAGAAACGCUGGUUUGUGCUAUUACUGGGAGUGAAUAUGAUUAAGAACCUACAAUUUCUAUAAUAGAGACCAAAGAGGCAUAAUAGUAACAAAGCUUUACUGGUCUUUUAGAAAGUCCCAAAGUUUGACUUCUCUCACUUUAAAAUUAAUCCUGAAAUCUGAAGGUCAGCCUCAUAUGAAUUUUAACAGAAUCUUAACUUGGAGAAAUACCAGAAGGAUUAUAAUUGAAGAGUAAGAUCUUCAGUUUAUAUUGAAAGUGGUCAUUUCUAUACUUACCAUUUGAGUUAAUCAAUACUGUUACAUUUAAAAUGUAUUGAAAAAUCACAUCAUGGUUUUUCUUUGUUGGAAACUUUGUUGUAUAUUAAAUAGUUCAGCUGCAAAUUCCUGAUGAGAGAAACUGGGUUGGAGGAGUGAUGGUGGAAGAGGAGGCAGCAAAGAGGAUGAGGGAAGUAAAUGGCUAAGACUGGAUGGUAGUAAAAUCAAAUUGUCUAUUUUAUAGAAGUUCCCAUAUGCUCCAGGAUUUCCUAUCAAAUAUGUGAAUGCUUGUUCUUGCUGUUGAUGUUUUCAAGAUAGAUGUUUCCAGAGCUAUGAGGAAUUUACAGAUAGCUCAACCUAAAUUAAAUAGUCAUCAACCUAUUUAUACCAUGCAUUUAAUCGUGCUUAAAAGGUGAGUGAUUGUACAUCUUAGAUUAGGAAACUAAUAUCUGCCAGAGGCAUCUUCCUUUGUCACUAUCCUUUUGAUCAGAAGGAGCCAUCACCACUUCAAGAUCAUGUGAUUCAACUUCCGUGCCUUGGCUAAUUUUAUUGACCAUAAUAAAUUUUCACGUCCUAAAUUAGGUUGGUUAUAUUUCAAACCGAUGGGUUAUAUAUAUAAACCAUUCAAAUGGUUUACAGAGAUGGAAACUUACAGAAACACAGCUAAGCUAGUGACCUUCACACUUUUACACAUGAAAAUAAAUGAGUUUUUGCUGUCAUUAUUUCUUUUGAUAGUAAAAACUCUUCAGAGGUGUUUAUCUCUGUGUGUGGUCUAACCUUUCUGAUCUUGAUAGGGUAAUCAUAGAUACACUUUAAAAUGAAUUUACAGAGAAAACAAACUUUAUUUGUCCUACAGUGUAUAUAAUAUGACUAUAUUUUAAAAAGCAGCUAAUAUACAAACAUUCAAAUAUUGUAAUAUCACCAGUAUAAUUGAAAUCAUCUUUUUUUGGGGGAGGGGACUUUUUAAUUUAUUUAAAAUACUGAUACAGAAAGUGUUCUUUAUAACACUUGUAAAUCUCUGUUGUUAAAAUUGUGCAUGACAUAAAAGGUGCCAUGUAAACAUGUCAAAGUAUAAAAUUGAAGUGUGUCCUGAAAUGAAGGAUAGAAAGGCAGCUUGUUUCACAAUUAGCUGAGCUUUAAUUAUGGUAGUUUCUCUUAUUUACUAGAUUUUUCCAUAUUUACUUGAUUGGUACGCUAGUCAUUAUUUUGAUUCGUUUGAUACCUUGUUUGUCACUUUUCUCUGUCCCGUUUGUCACUUUUCUAUGUCCCGAUGUCAUGCAUUUAUUUCAUCUUUUCAUUUUGCCAAAACAGGAAAAUAGAUGAAGGGGUGGGGGUAAGGAGUGGAGGAAUUUGGUGUCUUUGGGUUUCAGGAGGAAGAAGAGGAUUGUGAAGAUGACUGGCUUCACAGACAUGAGAAGAGUAAUCCUCAACUUUGAUCCCUUCCAUAUGUAUUCACAGAUGUAAACUGAAAAAGUUGGGAGCUGAGUGUCCCAUAGUAGUGCAGCAUACUUUGAUGGUGGAAGCAGUAAUCAUUUGAACCAUGGUACUGUAACUACUUUGGUUGAGACACACUCUUCAUUUCUAAACCAUAGCUAAUUGCUUUGAAAGGCCAUUAUUUUUUUGUUAGGCUUUGAAUGUUGGGUUUGAAAAUAGUACUAUCAAGUUGGUGUUAAUUUAUUUUAUAUCCUUUCUAUAUAGGACUUGUCAUAAUGGAUUUGCAAAAAUAAAAUCAUCUUGUACUAGUAA